AUGACAGGCGGACCGUCGCCGCCGGACCAAAACUCGGACCGUUCCCACGCCUUCCGUGUUUCCUUUGGCCCACGGGGCGUCGUUUCUCAUCGCCGUUUGCUUUCGCUACGCUUUCCCAUCAUAUUCUCUGAUAUGGAUCCAUCAGAGAGAAUUAAACCUCAUUCGUUAUGUCAUAUCAUGUUCUUUGGUUAGGUUGGCGGAAGGUUUUUGAACUUUUUUCUUCAUUUAUAUAGUCGAUGACUGGCUGAAUUCCUCUUUUCCUGUCUUUCAAUGAUAAAUUAGUACGUAGAGACUAAGAGAGUGCAGACUGGCUAGAGUCGUAUUUUUUCUUUGUUUACUGGGAAAAACUUUAGUCAAGAGGCUUUUCAAGGACCACUUGGAGAGGACACUAAAGCGGCCACUGGACCAAAUUUAUAAAAGUCGUCAUUAUGCGUCUUAGCGGCCACUUCAGUAGUUUUUUGGGAACUAGUAGUACAUAUCAGACUCCUAAAGAGGUCACUAAAUUUUUGCCUUGUAAGUUGCCACUAUUUGGAUUUCUUUAGAGGGCACUAAAACGUCAAAACCCUAAAGUGGCCACUAAAAAUUUCCCCAAUAUUUGUUAAUUACAACUUGGAACAGUCUGACUUGUCUUAUUUCCCUUUUCCACUCACCGACCAAUGAAAAUAGUACGUAGGAAAAGCCUAGAGAGUGCAGACAGGCUAGAGUUUUCCAAGUCGCAGCGAAUGAAGUAUUACUUUGAUGUUUUGAUAAACCAUAGCUGGAAAACUUUUUUUUUUUUGGUUUGAAAUAGUUUAAGGACCCAAUUAGAAUCAUUUUUCCGCCGUAAAACACCAAUUUGCCAGAAAAUUUCCAUCAAUUUAAUAUUUAAGAGAGAUGUUGAUAAAAAUCAGCUUUUUACUGAUAUCCCAAUAAUUAUUAUAUUAGAACAUCUCAUUUUGUUUUUUUUUCCUGUUAACAAACUCAUAUUUCAUUUCAUGUUAUGCUUGCCAGAAACUACUACGUUUCAGCAAAUCAAUCAUCGAGUGAUUUGUACAAAUUCUACACGGAAAACGAUAUUAAAACGUUAGUUCUGAAGAUUUUUUUACUAUCAGUGAUUUUUACAAUCUCUUGUCGUGCUGUAAUGCUGAUUAAGCUGAAAAUACUCAUUUCUUGAAAAUUUUAAAUGCUUGUUUGCUCUGAAAUUUUGUGUUGGGGUUUUUGGGAUCGAUAGACGAAUUUUUAUAGGCCGGAAACGAUUUUAACCACAACUUUUAUUAAUAAACCCGAAAAAAUGCAUUUUCUUGCUCAUUUCCAUAAGAAAAUCCCUUAAUUCUAUAUAAGGUACAGUUUUGCUCUUAUUUUUCUUAUUUUGGUCAUUUUUCAAUGUUCUACGGACAGUGAAUCACAUUCCCAAUCCUCGCCAAAUUAGGUACACGAUAGGGCAAUUACACGGCAAUUUAGCAACCGAGCGCCCUUUCUUCUUCGUUUUGCGCCGACAUUUACAGUUGCUCCGUUUUAUGGGCCACAAUGAGAAAUUUUCCGAGAUUUUCCGAGAUUCAACAGAAUUUAAUCAAUUCAAAUAACAAGUCUUAUUGCCUUCUCAACUUUAUUGCCUUCUCUCGGCUAGGUAGACAUCCACUUCGGUUACAAACUAGGGGUUUAUUAUCAGAUAACUUCUUUUCGCGUCAUAUAACUCUUUGGAACAUAUUAAUAACCAAAUUAAAUUUUUCGUGCCACCCCAAAACUUUGAAAGAUAAAUUAUCUAGGAUAGCUGUUAGCGAACUUAUUAUCAACAUCCCCAAUCGUCUUUUAUAGUUUAUCAUUUUUUUUUUGUUCUUCUCUUUUGCGAACGGUCGCCAUGCUGCUCGUUAGGGCACCAUAUGACCUUUUUUUAGCUUUGUUGUCUGUCCAAUGUUAUAUUAUUUCCUUUCUAUCUGUACCUUAAUUAUUUACGUUGUUCUGACAAUAAAGAAAUAUGAAAUAUGAAGUCAAACAUUUUUUUUUUUGGUUUUGAAUUUUUUCGUACUUUUUUUCUAUUACGAUGCUCCGCUGGAACGCAUUCAGAUCUUGAUUUUUCGAAAAACUUUUUCAAUUCAGUUUUUGCCCUAAAAAGCCAUAUUGGGUUUUUUUUCCUGCCCUUUCCCUGAUUGGAUACUUAAAACCAAUCUUUUGCAUUUUUUUUAUUUGAUAAGAUUCUUUUUCCAUUUUUUUUGUUCAUUACGAACUUUCUUCUUGAAAUAGUGUCUUCGCAAAGACAAGCUUUCGAAUUUGCGGAAGAGAAAAAUCAGGAAACUGAAACUCUCUUACAAUUUAUAUCAAUAAAAGUUUUAUCAUAAAAUGACGUAUGUUCGUUUCAGGGCAUUUUCUAUGAAAUUCGCAGUUUCGUGACAUACUGAAGGUCUUUUCUUCUCAUUUUUUCCUCCAAACUACUUCGAGACUGAACUCUCUUUUCAAUGAACAACCUUUUGAAGGACAAGCCUUUCAAAUAAAAGAGAAAAAAACGUCUCGUCACAUUUCUGGUGGCGCCGCGUUUGUCAAUCCGUCUCGGCGUAGUCUGGAGCCAAAAGGAAAAAACCCAAAAAGCGACAGGUAAUUCAACACCUGCGCGAGCACGGCUCUCCUGUUUUUGGGAGGGAAAUAAGUUGGAAAAGCCGCGCGGCGCGAAGCAAAAGACCCACACCGACCACUGCAAUUAAACGGCCAUUUUCGUCAGUUUAAUUGCCUCCCUACAGCCCAUUUCUACUACUCGUCUUCCUUGGAUUUUUUCUUAGACUCAAUGAAUCACUUGUUGUCUUUUGCAAGCUUCCGAAUGGGUUUACCUAUAUAUUUAGAUUUUUCGUGGGUUUUCUGAAAUUUAAGCCACAAGGUGAACUAUCGAAAAAAGGCCUCUGAUAGAGAAAAUUUUUUCAACCAGUUGAAAUUUUUUGAGCUUUUUUCAAAACUUCACCUUUUUCCUUUUUUUUCAGUUGGAGGUGUUCCGAAGACCCUUUUUCUGUUAUUUAGGGUUUAUAUUACCAUUAUUUCAUUUAUAUGACGUCCUAGAAUCGGUACCUCUAAUAAUGGCUUUUUUUUGAUUUUUCAAAAUUUUUUUCUUGAAGUACCCUUGUCGAGCUAAUGCUGAACGAAUACUGACUUUGCUAUAAAUGAACCUUUCCCCUCUUUUUUUCCAAUUCGAUAACUUAUACGUUUUGAGAAGGAUCGCCGUGGGGAGAAGAGCUGGCGGAGUGGCGGCGUCGAAGAUGCGAUGAAAGACGGACGCGUCGUCGACGAGGUCGAGCCGUGUCUGCGGCAUCCGCACUCGCAGCAUGCCCCGCUCGCCGUCCUUCCCUUCGGAGGUGAGUGCUUAGAAAUAUACCGUUUGAAAAAACUACUGUAUGGGAAAGUCCGCAUUCUGACGUCUGCACUUUUUGUGUAUGUACUAUCUGAAUUUUUUUCCAGCUUCAAGUUUUCUAAAACUGAAUUUGUCUUUGUAUUGGUUCAAUAGUUCAAAUAUCGAUGAACGAUUAGCAAAGGAACUAAAAAGCAUUGUUGAAAACUUUUAAACAAAACGUUAAACUCAGAAAGAGUAAAAAUAUCGUAAUUUAAGAUACAGUACUCUUAGGAAAAGGAAAACUCGCUCUCCUCGUGGCACCGAGGUGAAGAUUAUGCGCGAGAAUAACCGUGACGGUAAUUCGAUACCGAGAUUAGCAACAGCAACGAGUAAAUAUACAAUAUGGAAGGUCUUAUUUGAGAUCAUUAAGUCAAGCUGGAACCGUUGCGGAAAAACAACAAUUAAUGUAGAGGGAAACUAGAAGACUGUAAGAGUAUUGGUACAUAUCCUUUCAUGAUCAAUGAAGUUUGUUGGGGAUUUUUUACGAGCGUAUUUUCUUAAUUUUUGAUUCCUUGAUUGAAAGUUACUUAAAGACAAUUAGGUGCUCUCUGCGCCUCAGAAAGUUAGAACAAGGCUUUCGGAACAGACUAAAGAUAUAUAUCAUUGAUUCGAGAUGGGAUAGGAUAACAUAAUCAAGAAAACUUAUUUUUUGUGAAAAAGUUAUCGAAUUUUUUAAGUUAUGCAUAUCGGUUCAAAUUCAGUCGUUUAGAAGGAAAAAAUGAAAAAUUUUAGAACUUUUUAUCAGCUCUUCAGAAUUUUUUUGUCAAAAACCUGUUCUGUUUGAUCAUUCGGAAGGCUCUUAUUUUCUUCUUUCUCGAAGGUUUAUGUCCGGAGUUAGUUUUUUCUUGAUUAUUCUCUUAUAAUCUCACAUGAAAAAGUGAGAAAAAGUUCAAGUUAAAACUUUGGAACGUGAAGGAUCCAUUUUUACGCUAUCUAGUUAUCAACUUCGAAACUCUCGAAAACUUUUUGACUUUCCAGGAUCGACGACCUCGCAACUGUCGUCGUCGGUUUCAAGAAGAAAAGCAGGCUUUGCUCGGAAAUGUAUAAUAGUUCUCCUGAUCCACGCAAUCUUCGUCUUUGCCAUUCUCAUCGCUUUUCUGAUUGGCCAAUGGAUCUCCGAAGAGAAAAACAAGACACCUCAGGUGAAAUAGUUUUGGGAAAUUUUCAAUAUCCGUCCUACUUUCUUAUAUAUAUUUUUUCUCACUUUUGUAGUUUUAUGAAGCAUUUUUUUUUGAAUGAAAUACUAAGUUUAAAUUCCAUUUAUUGGCUAUAUAAAUUUCUUCAUGCUCUUUCUAAGUUUUUUUUAUUGUUUUCGCUUCGAGUUUUCUCUGGAGAGCAUCUAACCUUGAUCGCUCACUGAAAUGCUUGACCUCUAACUUUUUGUUUUGUCAAGCUUGACAUGAGUUAUAUUGAUGUUCCAUUAACUUGAUUAUUUUCCAACUCUGUUGUAGAAAAUUGAAAAAUCCUUGCUGCAGAGUUUAAAGACGCAGAUGGCUCUGAAAAAUACUGAAAAAGGCUCUUCGCUUCGAAAACUUUGUGCUCCUUCAAACAAUUUAAAAGUGAUUUUUAAGGGAUUCCUACUGCUUAGACCCCCGACCCAAGUGUUAACAAAAACCAAAGUCAGUACGGCCUUCUUCGAGUAAUUCGAUUUUUUUUCGCUCAAAACUGCCCUCAGAGCUCAAAACUGAUCAUUAUGCGCUUUUCUCAAAAUUUUUGCAAGUCAGCUUCUCCUCCGGAACUUGUUAAGCUUUGAACUAGCCCAAGUGUGAACAGGCUUUAAAACGGCCGCUCUAACCUCUAACGCUUGCAGACGUCCAACCAAAACCUAACCCCAAACGCCCGACACACUAACCCACCACGUCUCUCCAGCACCACGGCCCACACUGUCCGACCAUCUCCGACCCUUCUAACAACGUCUUUUCUCCAGAACGCCAAGUCCUCUCCGCGCACCAUCGAACGACUUAUCCCAGUGAGGAAAAAUGAAUGAUUAAUGCUGAUAAUAACCUAACCUCUUUUUGAAUCUGAAGAUGUUUUGCCGAAGUCGAUGACGUUUCUAACAAAAAAUCUUCUCUGUGAUAACCUAGCCACACGAGCCAGAUUCUAGAAAUCGGGCGAUAUCGCAAAAAAAAAAUCGUUUGAGCUCAAAGCAGACUUGUGAAGGGCGAAAUCGAUUCGAAAAUAAAACAUUGUGCGAAAAUCACCACUUUGCCUAAAACUACAAGUAGUUUCUUUUUAAAUCCUUGCGUUCAGCUCCGAAAAGAGAAGAACUACACAUUGUUCGACGUCCAUCCAUCGACCUUUGAGAAUUUUGAACUCUCGGAAAAGCUCCACGGAUCUCAUUCGCGGAAAAAAGGCACAGAUGCCCUAUUGGUCCCCUUGCCGCUUUACAUCCUUCCCGUUCAUUAUGACCUCACGGUUCGAUAGUUCCAGGAAAAUCUUGAAAAUAAGGGUAUUCAGGUUGACUUGAGCAACUUCGACACAACCCUCACAGCUCGGGCCAAUAUCACCAUUGAGCUUGAAAGUUAUGGCAACUCGACAGAAGACGAAAUUCAGUUCCAUGUCGGGUCGAAUGUUCGGAUCGAGAGGAUGCGACUCAGAAAGAAUGGUUUGAUUUUUUUUCUAGGUUUUCGAUUUUUUCCUUGUUGAUUUGAGUCAAUUUUCAAGAAGGAUUUUUCAAAGAUGUGGGAAAAAAAAAGAUGCAUUUGGAGUAUUUUUUUAUUGCAAGUGAGUGGUGUAUGGAGUAUAUUUUUACUGAGCUUCUUAAAUCUCGAAGUUUUGCUCUAAGCCGUGGAACCGAAAUUCCGAAUCUCUAGAAACCCAGGAAACUUCUUCGACAGACCAACACUUUUUUUGACUUUUUUUAGAAUUUUGAAGAGCUGGAGACAUUUUCAGACAUUUUUUCACUUAUGAUUUUUUUUUUAUAUGCUCCAGACGCUUUAUUUCUAUAGAUCAAUCAAUCAAUCAAUACUUUGUUUUGUUGUUUCAGUUAUAUAUGUAAGUGACUAGGCGGUCAACAAGAACUAUAAAAGCUAUAACGAACAAGCGCUUUUGACGAACUAGAAGUCCAAACGUGUAGUGGAUCAAGUUCAAUCAAGAAAUACAAACCUGUAGAUGAUCAAGUUGAACCGAGAAGUCCAAACUUGUAGUUGAUCAAGUUGAGCCAAGAAAUCCAAACUUUUAGUGAAUCGAAUUGAGUUAGGAUGUUCAAACGUGUGGUUUAUCUAGUAAUAUCAAGAAGUCCAAACGUGUAAUUGAUCAAGUUCAAUCAAGAAAUACACGCCUGUAGAUGAUCAAGUUGAGCCAAGAAGUUCAAACGUGUAGUUGACCAAGACGAAAACAUGAUCUUAAAAUUCUUCGCUUCGUUCUUCUGCUGUUAGCUCAUCCAGUUCCGACUUGACAAGCUCAAAAUAAAUCGGAUACUGUAGUUGGGGCUUAGAGACCGUGUCCUAGAUUGAAGAUUCGGAAUGAGAGAGACCACUUCGAGUGAAGAUCUUACAUGGAAUAAAUAUAUUUUUAAACGGUUCUUUCAUUCCAUGAACAUUUUUCCAGGCAGCCGCGUUUAUCCAAGAACGUUCAAGCGUGAGGAAUCCAAAAAGUUGGCACGAAUAUUGCUGCGUGAAGCUCUCACGAAAGGAAGGUGAGCAUGUGUAGAAAUCAGAUUCCUGUUCCAAGAAGGUGAAAGCUUUUAGCAAGAGAAAGAGUUUUUCAAUUCAAGUGAAAAGCUGAAAAUGGACAAGGUUCGAAAAAUGGAAAUGAUAAGCUUUCAGAUAUGUGCUGGAAAUAGAGUACAACAUGACGAUUUGCGACGAUGUCAAUGAUGGCGUUCGUUGCUCCUUGGACUCUCAGGUCAAACUUUUUUCCGUAUCAGAAGAUGACUGAAAGUUAGGAAGUUGGUCAAGGAAAAUUGAACUUGGAACUUCAGAGUGGUCCUUAGAAGGGUUAAGAAAGAAGAAACAGUUAUAGGGGAGAUAAUAGAGCUGCCUAGAGAGACAAGAUUUAGGUGGUUUCUACAGUAGGGGUUUCGGGUAUGAGCCAUGAGCUCCAAAACUUGAGUGGUCCCUAUAGGGUCUUCAAACUUUUUCUUGAGUUUUAAAAUUGAAGAGACAACCUUGAUCUAUUCAUGCUCCCUAGAGGGGCACGUUUUGAAAGCUUCAGUGCACCCUAUAGGGGGGUCAAAGUGGUCCCUAGAGGGAGCCUCCAAGUGCCCCUAAGCUCUGACAAGCGAAUGUAUUUUUCUGGAAGUUCUGAAAAAGGAAUCUUGUUCAGACCAAUUCCUCCCUGCUGGCGACGUCAUUCACGACAAUGUUUGAGCCGACGCUGGCGCGCACUUUUUUCCCAUGUUGGGAUGAACCGGGCAUUAAGGUUUGAGUCCUCAUUGUGAAAAAGGGUUCUUUUGUUCCUUGCAAGAGAAUUUCACUAGAAAAUAGUUUUUUAUUUCUAGUCUAGGAAUUUUUGAGAUAAGGUUUCAAAAAAAGACUUUAAAUUUUUUGAAAAAUUCCUCACAGAAUUCCUUUUUUUUGCUCUAAACUUUUUUCAUUCUCUCAAGGCAACGUUCAACAUAUCUGUGCUGCACGCCGAGAAGUACACGGUCCUGUCGAACAUGCCUUCUUUCCAAAACCACCACCGAAGGGAUCCCUACAGGAUCGUCACUACGACCUUCCAAAGAACGCCUCCCAUCUCGACCUAUCUGAUUGCUUUUGCAGUCGGUUAGUUGGAGCAAAAUUACUUUGAAGUUUUGAUUCUUUUUUCAAGGAGAAUUUGUGAAACUUGAAACGAGAACGGAGAGAGGGGUCGCUCUGACUGUCUGGACCUAUCCGGAAGACCUGAUGUCUCUCCAGUUCGCCCUUGACUAUGCCCCUUUGGUUUUCGACCGAUUCGAGGAUACUUUAGAGGUGCGAAAAUUAGGCUCUCAGAAAAAAGUUUUAGUGAGAUUUUCGAAUUGACUGAGCAGGGAAAAACGUUGAUUAGAACUUCAAGAAACGGAAAAAAUCGAAUUUCGAAGAAAAUGCGGAAUUUUCUCAAAGUUUCCUUACGUUUGUUUAGUGUUGUGGCCGAGAUCUGCUUUAAAUAUUAGAGAAAUGUAUAUUUAUUGAUUUAAAAGCUCUUCGAAACUUUCUCCAGAAAUUUAGGAUUUUUCGGAAAUUCCGUUCUUUUUUUUUGUUUCAAUAUUUUUAUUUAGGUUCCAUUUUCUCUCCCAAAAGUGGACCUAGUCGCGGCUAGGAACGUCCACACCGGAGGCAUGGAAAAUUGGGGAUUGAUCGUUUUUGAACACGCUUCCGUGGCUCACAACGUGCCGUCGAAUGGUGAGAGCUUCAGGGCGGCCGAAAAUUGAACAAAAAUCUUCAGAUCAUGUCAACGAGACUGUAGAUCGGAUGUACUCGGAGUACCGGAUUGGAAGGCUCGUUGGACAUGAAGUUGCCCAUCAAUGGUAAGAAGACUUGCCAGGAAAAAAUGAAGACGUAGGAGCUAGGAGGAAAGUUAAGAAGCAUCUGGAAAGACUUGAUUUCUCAAAAAAUUUUGUUCCGACCACUUAGAAAGCACUUGAGCUGAUUCUAAGCCUUAUAAGCGAUGUAUUAGUUAUUUUGAGGAUGAAAAGAAUACUAUCUUGGAGAAAACCGUUUAUGCGUUUUUGAAGGUUCGGCAACCUGGUAACUAUGCGAGAUUGGUCCGAAUUGUGGCUGAACGAAGGGUUCGCCACGUUCAGCGUCCACGAGUUGAUGUCCACUGAUCAUCCGAAAAUCGCCGAGUUUGAGUACUACGACAACCUGCAGAGAUUGUUUGAUAAGCAGGUUGGGUUAUUGAUUUGCUUUUUUUGAAGCGGUGGGGGGGUGUGGGGGGCGGGGGGUUGUUUUUUUAUAGUUUACAAAGUAAAUUUUUUUCCAGACUUCGGAUCACUGUAGAAAGAUUUCACACUUUUAAAUUUUAGUCUAGCUAUAAAACCUUAGAAUCUUGAAGCUCAUUAGUGGGAAAACAUUUUUUUUCAAAGCCCUUAGCUUUUUAGUUAAAUAUCCGUUUGUAGUUUUUUCUGUGUCCUUUUUUUUUAGCAUAUCCAUGAAAAUCGCUGUCACUGUGAAUUUUAUCGUCCACCGCCUAGUCGAUCACUCACUUGACUAAAACGAUGAAUAAAUAUUGAUCUAAAAGAGCUCAAAAUGUAGCGUUUUUAAACGGUCAUCGUUAAUCGACACGAAAGAUACUGUAGCCAAAAAUUUUCAAUUUGAAUUUUCAGUCGAAAGAAGACGGAAAUCUGGCUUUGGUGAGGGAACUGGCCACAGAAUCGGCGGUCGAUGAAUCUUUCCAUCCAACGAACUUGUACACGAAAGGUUGUGUCGUUAUCAGAAUGAUCCGGGACUUGGUUAGCGACUUUGAUUUCAAAGCCGGAGUUCGCAGGUAAAAGGAUAAUAACUAAAGGUGUAGACAGAACAGGAAAAUUGAAGGUACCUUCGCCGAUUCGCGUACAGAUCCGUGGCCAGGGACGACCUUUUCAAUAGUUUACCGGCCUAUGCGGAUCACGGCGCUGAGCAGGUUUCUUCGGCGAUUUUUCUAAUUUUUUUUAGGGUUUUCAUUCAAAAAAGGGUAAUUACCAUAUAUAUUCAUACAUAUCCAUAGAAACAGUAGAACUUUCUUUCAAAAUCUUCUAGUUGAAGAAUGAUUGAAAAAAGCAGAAGAUACAGAAAAAAACUUCAGGAAAAACUAAGCGAUGUCCUCGAGGGCUGGUUCGUCAAUGAAGGCCUUCCGGAAGUUACGGCAAUGUAAAAAAAAAUAUCUUAAUCUUUUGAGUAAGCAAAAAUUUCAGACGCAACUACGACAAUGAUAUGAUGACCAUAAGUCAGAAAAAGUCGGUCGCACACGAGUACAGGGCUUUUUUUGAGGGACCGAAAGUCGGAUUUCAGGUGAUUUUAUCGCUUUUUGAGAAUAUUUUGGUGAAUUUUUUUAAAUAGUUUUUCUAGAUUUUUUUCAAUGAGCUCGUCAGAAUUUUUCUUAAAGAUUUAAAAAAAGUUUCUUCAGAAAGUCUAUGAGUCAGAGAGCCAUGGCGAUUGAACUGAGGUCAAAAAAAUAAAUAAAUGUUUUACUUCUUUGGAAUCUCCCUUUUUUUCCGCUGCUGUCUCGUAAAAUUGAAAAAUACGUUCGUCAAGUUCAACCAUUCUACUACUUGGUUUUUGUAUCAUUUUGUCAUUUUUUCUUCGUUUUUUCACUUCUUCCCCUUUUUUUUUGUCUGAAAUCAAUGCUUCAGAGUAAAAUAUUGAAAAAAUGUUAUUUUUAGAACUCCAUUUUUCUCCAAUUUCCGUUACUCAAAUUGUAAUUCAAUGUUUUCUAGGAGAUUUUUGAGCCGUUCAGAAAUCUUUGGUACGUGUCUCUUACUUUUUCCUUCUACAGAGGCUCUCGGGAACUUCCUGAAACUUUUCGUACCACCCACCUACUGGAGGAUGACGUCUUCAUGCGCGACUUCGGUAUGAAAACAACGGAAAGAAGAGGAACACGUGAAGCUCUACCCGACGAUACAACGGCCUUUGACGACUCUUUGUUCGAUGGCUUCGUCCGAGAAACGCAAAAGCCGAAAAGGAGGAAACACAGGCCGACCAGGAAAAAGGUUUUAUUCUUAGGAGUGCCAUAGUGGUCCCUAGAGUGAUAAGAAGAUAAACAGCCUUUUUAUGGAAAAAAGUAUUGCUCAUUACUAAAGUUUGAAACUUAGAAGGUCCUUGUAAAUUUUUAGGGUCUGACCCUAAAGCCUCGAAGCUUAACUGGUCCCUAUAGGGCUCCUUAAAUUGCAUAUUAUCAGUUGAAAUUUUAUAAGGCGUUAUCAGAAAAAAAACCGUGACCUGGUUACGGUCGCCACCAGCGUAUCUAAGAAUUGAUGAGUUUUCUCUAGGCAGGUCUAUAGACUAAGGGGAAAAAUCUACUUUUUACAGUUCCUAUCAUAGAAAAAAACAUGUAUCAAUACUCAUGCCGCAUCCCGAACAAAAAGCUUCUGAAAGGUAAGUUUCAGUCGACCAGGGCUCCGCCACGAGUUCCGCCUCAGCCGAUGAUUUCUGUUUCGGCGAGAAGGGAAGAACUUCGGAAGCCGAGAAGGGCUGGAGAGCCGGCCGAUUUGUGGAAUAUUCCACUAUCCUACAUGUUUGGCUCUUUGAAAACGACCGAGGGUCAGGUGGGAAUAUUUUUUUGGGAUUUGAGAGCUUUUCGAGAUAAAUCUUGAGGAAUGAGAAAAUUUUAGAAUGUCUGAACUUUUUUUGCAGUUUUUUGAAAAUUGAAAAAAAGUCAAUAAUUCCGCUAGCUUUUUCAGUUUUAUGAAGAGCUUCUGUUUGUGUCCUAAAAUGAAAAUUAUUUUAUUUUAAUUUUUUGAAAAAAUUUCGGCUAAAGUAGUUUGCGACGGAAGAAAAUGGACUUUUUUCGUAAAUUCCAUGAUCUUGACCGUAAAUUCAGCUGUUUUGAAGAAAAAUUUGAGCGAGUUUUAAUGAAUUUCAAGUACCCUUGUCCGUAGGGAACAUGAAAAAAGACAUUUUCAAGGUGGUCCGAGAGUUUUGGCUGAAGAACAGAAGCGUCUCCUUUGCCGACGGCGAAAUAUCCCCCUCUCAGUCGAUUUUGCUCAAUCCUGACUGGAAAUACCCCUACAGGGUCAACUACGACCUCCAUAAUUGGAAGUUGCUCGCGAGAAUCGUAGGGAAACAAUCGUGAGGAACUACUUGAGGGGUUUUUAGCUUCACCAAAACCAUGUCGAUAUUCCGGAGAAGUCGCGAAUGCAGAUCAUCGUCGAUUCCGAGUUUUUCCUGGCUAAUUCCAAUAACCCGCAUCUCUACCUUUACAUUCUUGAGUUGACAAGUUGAAUAAAAUAUAAAUUAUUGUUUCUUUUUAGCUAUUUAUCCCAAGAAACAAAGCUCGACGUGAUGCUUUUUCGGAAUCGACGCUGUUCAUCGGGUUGUCGACGCUUUCAAAGGUAGUUUCCUUGUCUUGGAGAACUUUGGGAGUUGAGGUUUUGAAAGGGUUGGAAUGAAGGAAAAAUGAAGAAAAAUUGUUAUAAAAAAAUUUUUUCAUUCCAUCAAUUAGUAGUGAAAAAAAUAGUGAUAAAUAGAUUCAAGUUUGAAACGGUUUUCAAAUAACCCUUUAUAUCCAAAAUUUGGGGGGUGGAAAGCUCAAAAUUUCUCUUUUUCUUGUUUUUGUUGGAUGGAAUCGAGCAGAAAUCACUAAUUAAUCAAUUGAAAAAUGAUAAAAUGAUAGGCUAAAAAUUGAGUUGAAUUAUAAAUAAUUCGAAUUAACCAAGUUUCCUAAGACUAGUAAUUCAUUUUUUUCUUGGGAUUUAGUGUUUCAAUUUACCGAUAUCAGUACUGAUAAUCUACAAAAAUAUUGGUAACGUAUUUCUAUUUGAAAAAAAUGCUGAAGAUUGAUUUGAUUUGAGCCAAGAUUUUUUUCAAAUUUUAUUUAUUUUUUUCGACUCUUGAGCUGUUUUUUUGAGGAAAAAAAUUCCUCACAUUAAAAAAAAACUCUUACAGUUAGACCUUCUUUAUAGGAACCUCAAUAAACUCGGCCAUCUUGCUGUACUUCACACCGGUCAUUCGGCAAAUGGACAAGUUAUUGGCCGAUAGCCAGACUGACGCCGAAACGGCGGUUCUUUGGUUGGUCCGAGCUGGAAGGUUAGUCUGACUAUGACAACCAAGAAAACUUCAACAUUUUUAGACUUGCCAAGCUUUAUCAACUUCGAUGUGCUGCCAAUCUACCAUCGUGCAAGGAAGAAUACCAUGUAGACUGAAUGAAUUCUUCAAAAAAAAGUUUGAUUUUUCAGACACAACGUUGGAGCCGCGAUCCUGACGCCUGGACUGAAGACGUCCACAAGCAAGUCACUGCCGUCUGUCAUCAUCUUUUCACGCAUCCCGACAAUAAAAAAAUUGUGGGAAUUAUCAGAAAAUGAGCUAUUAAUUUGAAUUCCUAGGAAUUUUUGGAGGAAGAUUUAAAAAAAAAGCUGAAAUUGGUUUCAAAAAAAACCGGAGCAUGAGAAAAUAAAAAAUAAAUAGAAAAUCAGUCUUCGUUUGAAUCAUACAUGGGCCAGACCAAUUUUUAAUAAUGACGUCAUGGCGCAGGACCCCCAGAAAAUGUCGCACGUCCUCCAAACGUUAAAAGUCGACUUUAAAAAAAAAACUUCUUACACAUGGAAACUUGUUUCCCAAAUGGUUUCAAUGGUUGAAACCUUUUGAAGCUAAUCUUAUCACUGAGCGGUAAAAAUUGAAAAAUUCUGGGAUUUUUCAAAGUCCCCUUUCCCGCCAAAAAUCGCGUUCGAGAAAAUACUAGGCUAAAAAUGCUUCCAUCGCCUUUUGAGUAAAGUAGAAUUGAAAAUAUGAUAACCGAAUGGAAAUUGAUUUCUCAGAACGAUCUGCUGGAAAAUCGCCUGAAUGCUGACGGAAGUCAAUGGACACUGGCUGUACAACUGGCCGCUUGCUCAAAAGAUCAGCGGAUCGUCAAAAUGGCCGCAAAAAUGGUCGUCAGGACCAAGAAUGCAGCUGUCUACGCCUCCUGCUUACAGGUUACUUGGAAAAGAAGAAUUUUUGGAAGAGAAAAUAGGAUCUAGUGAUCACUUAAGGUUUUUGGCUUAUUUUCUAUUUUCUUGUUGAAACAAUUUUUUGCUUGUUUUCAUUCAGAAAAAUGAGUAAUUACUCUUCAAUAUCAGAAAAUCAUGAAUAUUCUUUUUAAAACUGUCUGGCAUGUCUAUUCCCUCUUUAUCUCUUUGCUGCUCUUUUGUGUUCAUUUUUCUUUGUCCUUGCUGGCGAGAGACUAGAGACGCAGACAGGUCAGACUUUUUUUAAAACCGGAUUUUUUUCUUCGCUUUAUUUGAAAAUUAACUCAAAAAAGAUUUCAUUAUUUUUCACUUUUCUUAAGCAUACCCAUUCUUGAAAACUUGAUCUAUAGUGAGUUUUUGGGUUUUCUAGAAAAUUCGUAAGUUAUAAAUAAAUAUUUUCAGUCCGACUUUUCCCUGCACUACAAUCCGGCGUUCCGCGAAGCGAUGUGGUCGGAGAUCGGUCUUUUGAGUCCCUUCGAGCGCACUUUGCUCUUCUCGACGAACAAGACGGAGGUCCUACUGGGCUCACGAGUCCUGCUCCACUCGGUGAAGACGAUCGACGAGCUGCGGCAGGUCCGCUCGCUCAUCUCCGACUGGGGCCGACAGAUGUCCGUCCAUCUGGAGUACCUUGAAAGGUACCUCCAAUGGGUCCAAACCGUGUCCAGAGGCGUCCUCCACAAGUUCUUCUCCGCCGACCUUGCCAACUUGUAG